AUGGAGGAUCGGGCAGAUCCCGUGGCUCAGCCUGACCCGGCGCCUCAAUCUCGAUCCUCUGCGCCUCGCGUACGGCUCAGCUGCGAGGCCUGCCGCCAGCGCAAGGUGAAAUGCGAUAAGCUGAGCCCCUGCACGAGCUGCUUGCGACUCGGGUUUCAAUGUGUCCCCGUUGAGCGGGCCCGUCUACCACGCGGCCGUACGAGGCGACAGCCCGAGCGGGCGGCCCACACUGACCGAGAACUCGCCGAUCGCGUUGCGAAGCUAGAGGACCUCUUGCGGAAAUACGCCCCCGAUGGUCAGGUCCCUCCUGUGCCGAGUGGCAGUACGGAUGCGGGGCAAUCUGACCACAGUUCCCAGUGCAAGAUGGAGGAGGAUGUUGAGAGCUGGCGGGAUCGGAAUUCUCAGCCCGCAACCAUGACCCUGCCACAUCGGCCUCGGCCACAAUCUGCCUACAUUGCUAGUUCAUUUUGGGAAGAUAUGAUGCAGACGACAAAUGAGCUGCGUCACGUUCUCGAUAGCCGAGAAAAUGAAGAGCCAGAAGUCCAGAACCCGGCCGGCUUCGGCGGAACUUCAUUUAUAAGCUCCGAGAGCUCUGACAGCCCCAAAUCACCCAAUUCCUAUCGGGGAAUCAGCAUCUCCCCGCAGAUACGGAGAAGUCUGUGCGAGAUCUACUUGCGCAACGUGGACCCUGUCUUCAAAAUCUUGCACCGCCCCUCGUUACGUGCUCACCUAAUCGACGAUGAGCCGUAUCUUGACUACGAGCCAGAUCACCAAGCGCCAAUAACCCUUUCAUAUGCUGUUUACUACGUGGCUGUCUGUACUCUCGAUGACCCGCAGUGCCAAGUUAUGUUCAACAUGGACAAGAAGACUGUAUCGGCCGAUCUCCAGAGGGAAACCGAUGCUGCGCUGGUGAAGUCUGAUUUUGUGACCACGAAUGACUUGACUAUCUUGCAGGCUUAUGUAUUGUCACUACUUGCCGCCCGAUCUCAAGACCAAAGUCGACGCGUGUGGACCAUGUUGUCUAUGGCACUUCGAGUCGGUCAAGCAUUAUGUCUCCACCUGGGUGAUCCGCCAUUUCACGUCAGUUCCUUUGACAGCGAAAUGCGUCGCCGUCUUUUCCAGGCCAUUGGUCUUCUCGACCUGGCAGCCUCCCUGGACCGUGCAUCUGAACCGAUGAUGCAGUCUGCGUGGUUAGACGCGCACCCACCAGCCAACAUCAAUGACGAGGAUAUUUACUUUGGCAUGGAGACCCCCAUUCAAGAGCCUCCCGAAGGAACCUUCACCGACAUGACCCAAUCGUUGAUCCUCGCUGCAGGGCAGUCUGUAGCUAGAAUGCUUGCAUUCAAUGACUUCAUCGAACCCGGUAAGAAGACGAUGGCUCUCCGGAAGCAGAUCCUCAAGGACUUUCAGGACAGGGUAAGCACACUUUUGAGAGGAUGCCGACCCGAUCUGUUUGCCUUCCAAUUGUAUACGAAACGAACGGCAGCUACCAUCAACGGAUUCCUUCAAUUGGGAUCCCUGCGCCCAUUGCAAAGAAACCAUAACUUCAUCCCUCCCCAAGUCCCCGGGGACGGUCUUCUUCGACUGGCUGCCGAUAAUCUACAGAAGCUACACGAAGCAUACAGUGACCCCGCUACGGCGUCGUGGAUGUGGUUUGGGUCUUUAUGGGUGCCAUGGCACGGACUUGCAGUCGCCCUGGCCGAGAUGUGUGUCUGCAAGGACGCGGAAACAAUGUCCCGGUACUGGCCAGUCAUCGAGCAGGUGUUUCACCGAUCCAGCUUGGGUGUUGCGGACUCCCAGCACGGCAUGUUGUGGAAACCACUGGAAAAACUCAUGAACCAGGCCCGAGCUCACAAACGAGAGAUGAUCGGCAGCCAUUCUCCGGUCAAUGCCAUGCAGCAGGUCCCUCAUAUGGUGCCGAUGACCUCCGUCGGUCAACCAAUGAACGUCCAACUCACACCGGAGCAAUUGAUGGCGCAACUCUCGGCACAAGAUCUGAAUGCUCCGCCUGGGUCGGCGAACUAUACAAUGGGCAUAGACUCAACUCUGGCUGCUGGCCAGCCAGUUAACCCGGCCGUUUCAUUACCCCAGAACACCAUUUCCAUCGACAUGCUGGACUCGUACCCGAAUGUUUGGGAUGGAAUGGACUUUGGCGCCACCGGCCUGCAGGGUCCAGGUGAUAAUAUCGCAUGGCACAACUACGAGAGUUUCAUCGGCGAUGUAUAUGACAAGGUGAACUUUAUGUUUUAA